AUGCAAGUCAGUCGAGAGGUCAGUGAUCAAGACUAUUUACCGGAUAGCGAGAGUUCUGGCGAUGAAUCUGAAGGCGCGAAUAUGGAAAAUGCAGAUAAGAAACUCAAACGUGGAGAUCCAGUAUUGUCGAGGAAUUUGGACAACGAGUUCGUGUUUGACAAAGAAUGGGCUUUCAGGAGAAAGUGUAGCCUACAGUCGCUGCUAUCUGCAAAACUUUUAAAUCUUACCUAUGAGACCAAGAGUUUGGAGUUACCAAUCAAGAGUCAACAAAACAAGGACGGGUCUCUCAAGGAAAACCAUUCGACUAACGGUGAGAAAAACUGCGAACCUCCUUGUACACACAAAAGCAAGAAAAUACUACAUGGAGCACGGCGAAGGGCAAAAUCUGAAGUUUAA